CGCCAACACAAGAAAGAAGAAAGGAGAAGGGAGAAGGGAGAAGGGAGAAGGGAGAAGGGAGUAGUAGUAACCAAAUCUGCCAUCUCCUCUGUCCUCGUGCGUUUCCUCCGAACAAUUCGUCGUUCGGUUCAAACCUCAAUGCCUGUCUCUCUCUGAAAUCCAAAAACUCAUAGAUCCUCUCUGUACCUCAAUUUUUCUACGAAUUUUCAAGCCUCAUUGCCUUUAAAUGAAUAUCAUAUGAUAUGAUUGUUGUUUUUCUCUCUUCUCUUCUGCGGGCUGAAGCAGUUUUUUAGCACCCAAAAACUAUAUUAAGUUUAUUUCUUUCCUCUUUUUGAUCCCGGUUAAUACUGGACACAGUUGAGAUCAUUAGCACUUAAGUUUACACAGUGGAUGUGAAUGAUGGAUGUUUCUGAGGUUGAAGAAAAUUUCUUUGCAGCAAGUGAUGCCAAGUUACAUGGAGAAAUGUGCAGAAGUCUUUCUGCAAUAUAUUGUAAAAUAUUGUCAAUAUUUCCUUCAUUAGAAGCAGCUAGGCCUAGGAGCAAAUCUGGAAUUCAGGCAUUAUGUUCGCUGCAUGUAGCCUUAGAGAAGGCGAAGAAUGUACUUCAGCACUGCUCAGAGUCUAGUAAACUUUACUUGGCUAUAACUGGAGAUUCCGUUCUUCUAAAAUUUGAGAAGGCUAAGUGUGCUCUUGUAGAUAGUCUUAAACUGGUGGAAGAUAUCGUUUCUCAAUCCAUUGGGUGUCAGAUUGAUGAAAUUGUGAACGAAAUUGCUGGUACGGUGUUUGCGCUUGAUCCAACAGAGAAGCAAGUCGGAGAUGAUUUAAUUGCAUUGCUUCAGCAGGGGAGAAAAUUUAACGACUCUAAUGACAGUAGCGAACUUGAGUGUUUUCACCUUGCUGCUACUAGACUUGGAAUUACAUCUUCCAGAGCAGCCCUCACUGAAAGAAGAGCUCUAAAAAAACUCAUUGAAAGGGCUCGCACCGAGGAAGACAAGAGAAAGGAAUCAAUUAUUGCAUUUCUUUUACACCUUAUGAGGAAAUACUCCAAGUUAUUUAGAAGUGAGUUCUCUGAUGAUAAUGAUUCUCAGGGUUCUCAACCUUGUUCUCCCACUGUUUCAAAACCUUUCGAGGACGGUGUUCGUGGUGGUCAAUGUCAUGGCUUUGAUAGACAGAUAUCAAAACUCGGUUCCUUUAAUUUUAAGCCGAACAAUAGGAAAUCGGGACAGAUGCUCCUUCCACCUGAAGAGUUAAGGUGUCCAAUUUCUCUGCAACUUAUGAGUGAUCCUGUUAUAAUCGCAUCUGGGCAGACAUAUGAAAGAGUUUGUAUAGAAAAAUGGUUCAAUGACGGGCACAACACCUGCCCAAAGACUCAACAAAAACUUGCACAUCUUUCUCUGACUCCUAAUUACUGUGUCAAGGGUCUUGUGGCUAGUUGGUGUGAACAGAACGGAAUUCCUAUUCCAGAAGGCCCUCCCGAAUCUCUUGAUUUUAACUACUGGAGAUUGGCAUUAUCAGAUACCGAAUCCACAAAUUCAAGAUCUAUAAACAGUGUCAACUCUUGCAAAUCAAAGGGUGUCAAAGUUGUUCCUCUUGAAGAGAAUUGCAUCUCAGAGCAAACUGAGGGAAAUGCAACUGAAAGUUUGUCCGUACAAGAAGAGGAAGGCGGUGAACAGUAUCUUAGUUUUCUGAAAGUAUUGACCGAAGGGAACAAUUGGAAGAGGAAGUGUAAAGUAGUAGAGCGGUUAAGGCUGUUGCUGCGGGAUGAUGAGGAAGCCAGGAUAUUUAUGGGGGCUAAUGGAUUUGUUGAAGCCCUUUUUCAGUUUCUGCAAUCAGCUGUGCGUGAAGGGAAUGCGAUGGCUCAGGAAAAUGGAGCUAUGGCUCUGUUCAACUUGGCUGUGAAUAACAACAGAAAUAAGGAAGUUAUGAUAUCAACAGGAAUCAUAUCAUUGUUGGAGGAAAUGAUAUCAAGCUCCAAUCUGUACGGUUGUUCAACCGCUCUGUAUCUGAAUCUUUCUUGCCUUGAAGAAGCAAAGCACAUGAUUGGCACAAGUCAGGCCGUGCAGUUCCUAAUCAAGAUGCUUCAAGCUAAAACCGAAGUCCAGUGCAAGCUAGAUGCCCUGCACGCACUCUAUAAUAUCUCUACCGUACCCUCAAAUAUUUCAAACCUCCUUUCAUCAGGCAUCAUUGACGGCCUACAAUCCCUUCUUGUAGGCCAAGCUGAUUGCAUGUUGACAGAAAAAUGCAUAACCGUUUUGGUUAAUUUGGCCGUUUCUCAUGUAGGGAGAGAGGAAAUGAUUUUGAAUCCUGAACUGAUAAGCACAUUGGCUUCUAUAUUAGAUACUGGCGAAGCCAUAGAGCAAGAACAAGCUGUGUCUUGUCUCCUGAUAUUAUGCAACAGGAGUGAAAAAUGUUGUGAGAUGGUUCUGCAAGAAGGCGCUAUACCCGCGUUGGUGUCGAUAUCGGUGAAUGGAACUUCAAGAGGAAGAGAGAAAGCUCAGAAACUAUUGAUGCACUUCCGAGAGCAGCGGCAGCGAGACCUUUCACCUGCUAAGACUCAACAAUGUUCACCUGAAGUUGGUGAUUUGUGCAUGCCUCCUCAAGAAACGAAACCGCUAUGUAAAUCUAUAUCCAGAAGAAGAGUGGGGAAAGCUUUAAGUUUUCUAUGGAAAAGCAAGAGCUAUUCUGUUUAUCAAUGUUAAGUUCCAUGUAAAUCUCUGUUUGGUUCUUAACUCUUCUGGGGCAUUGUUUUUUGAGUGUUUCUUCUCCCACCCCCAAGUAUUCUUAAAUACACAAAAAUACACAUUUAAAUUAUCCAAUCCGAAUGUAUAAAAUAAAUCUUCGGAUUAGUCAAUUUGGACAAAAUUUAGAGCCUUUUGAGAAGAUUUGGGGAUGAAAAAAGAAGCUUUCUUGUUUUUUAUCAUCCAUUCGUACAUGUUCCUCUGUAAAAAUAGCUGCUUAUUUUUUUGUUUUCAAAUAACAGAAAAGUUGUACAGGCACGUGUAGUUUAUGUGUUUUAUUGGGUUAGAUUUACUUUAUGAAUUAUGAAGGUUGUGGUAAACAU